AUGGCAGGAUCCGGUAUAGAAGAAAUAUUAUCGCUCAUUUAUGCCGAAAAUAGUGUUCCUCACAUGUUGAGUGGAAAGGCUUACACAAGGGCAGUUCGAGGUUUUCUUUUACUUGAACGUGCCAUCAAUGCUCUAAUUCAUGAGGAUACAAUUUUCAAAAACGACAGUAUCGUGGAAUGCAAUAACAGUGACAGUACUCAAUCCAACACUGAUGAUGACAUUCAAACAUCUACAUGUUUAAGUAACGUUGACUAUGAUGAAAUUAAUCGUCUGUACAGCAUUAUGAUGAGUGGUGUGAGCUUGGAUAACUUGGAUUUUCUGAAUCAAUCACCAACGAUUCGUAAAUUGAAGACAAUUGUCGUUGACAAUAUCAAGAAUAAUUCAAAUUGCAAGACUGGAAAACUAUGGAUUCAAUUGCUGGACAUGGUUUCAAUAAUGAAGAACUUUAUUAAAGCAGAACGAAUGGGAAACUGGAUGUUACACCUUGAAUCUACUUUGAAAAGGUUACCCUCCUUCGCAGCAACCGGGCAUAAUAACUACAUGAAGUCAAGCUAUUUUUAUGUACAGAAUAUGUUGAAAUUGGCGGAUGAAAACAAAAACGUACACGAAAAAUUCUUGAACGGAUUACAUGUUGGCAGAAUAACAGAUAAGCUCUGGGCAGGACUAUCACAUAACCUUAUCAUUGAACAAGAACUUAUGCGAGCAAUGAAGUCCACUGGUGGCAUUACUCGUAGAAAAGGGAUGGAUGAACUCGAUCGAUUAAUUUGGGUUUUAUCUAGACCUACUUGCUCUAAAAUUAAUUCACUAAUGCAGAAUGUCAUAGGAGUCAAACUCUCUACAGCUGAGCAGCAUCAAGAGCUUAAUAAUUCAAGGAAAAAGAGGGACUACACAGACACUCAUACAUUAAUUAAUUAUCUCAGACCCCACAUUCCUUUAAAUGGAGGACAAAACGAACUAAAAAACAUUUCAACUGGAGUGUUGUCUGUUUGUAGUGUUAACGUUUAUGAAGCCAAAGAAGUAGGACAUAAAAUUAUUCAAAAAAUGUCUGGAUCAUCUAUUGAAGCUUUUACCGCACGGAAGAAAGAUCAAUGCAUUUUAAUGACUGAAAAAUCGAAUCCUGGAGCAAACAAGAAAAGCGUCAAUAUUGACCCAAAUUUACUUUUUCAAAGAAUUAUUGUCUUGUUAACAUAA